AUGCCUCGAUCAUUGUUCUCGAGUCCAAACGAUUCUGAUGUCAGUAUUGAUAUCAAUGAUGACGACGAAGACGUGUCUCAACCACUAAAACGUGAACCCCUUUCGUCACCACUAAUACAUCCAAACGAUUCAAUCAAUAGUCAUAAACCAUCGAAACUAUCCUUCAGUAUAAACCGGUUAUUGGGAGCCAAUAGUGAUUCAAAUAAACCCAAUCAAAGCCGUACCACAUCUGACGGGGGGUCUGAAUCGCCGCCAUUCCUAUGCCCUCAGUAUUCCUCUUCAACUGAAAACAAUGCAACCAUUGCUUCGUAUCCCUCGUCAACAUCUCCAGAAUCCAAAUGCCAGUCCCAUCGCUUGAAUGUCAGUCCAUACAACCAGUUGACUGGUCACACUUCGGUGAUGCCGGUGCCCGCACACAGACCACUCACUAUGCCUUACGCCACGCACUACCCCUGGUUAGGACCAACUGCUCCCACAAUGAUUAAGGAUGGUUUACAAAGACCAACUGCUCCCACAAUGAUUAAGGAUGGUUUACAAAAGCUAAAGUUGUCAUCGAUUAGCAAUGUUUGCAAUAAUAACAACUCGUGUUCGGCGCCUAAUAAUAGUAAUAGUAGUGUGAGUGCCGGUGCGGCACUGAAUAAGCCUCGAAAAAAGCGAUCCCGAGCCGCCUUCUCUCACUCACAGGUCUAUGAAUUGGAGCGAAGAUUCUCUCAUCAGAGAUAUCUCAGCGGUCCUGAGAGGGCUGAUCUCGCACAGGCUCUUAAACUGACUGAAACUCAGGUCAAGAUUUGGUUUCAAAACAGAAGAUAUAAAACAAAACGCAAACAAUUACAGCACGAGUUGAUGAUACAGGCGGGCAGUGCAGCCCUACAUAUGCUGCCCAACACAUCCCCUUCCAGUCCUGCACUCAAUUCCUCGUCAAACAGUAGGAAAGUGGCCGUAAAAGUACUGAUGAAAGACGAUCAGCUUAUGUAUGGGUCGGAUGACAUCAAUUUCUUAAAGCCAGCCAUAUAUCCCUUUAUAUACCCACCCUGGAUCUUCGGGUGCUCCCAGUGA